AAGAUAGUGAAGAGAAACAGGAAAUGAUUCAAAUCUUCUCAGCGCUCUUUCGUGAUCACUGAAGUUCAUUUUGUUUCCAGGUUUCAAGAUGGCUUCUGCAUGGCAAAGUGUCCUGUCUGUGCACCAGAGGAUAGUGGACAAUGGAGACAAGAGGACGGACCCAUGGCUGCUGGUCUACUCCCCCGUCCCGGUGGCACUCAUCUUCCUGGUGUACCUCUGUGUGGUCUGGGCCGGCCCUCGUCUGAUGAAACACAGAGAACCCGUUGACCUCAAAGUGGUUCUCAUUGUUUACAACUUUGCCAUGGUCGGCCUGUCUGGCUACAUGUUCUGUGAGUUCCUGGUCACAUCCUGGCUCUCGAGCUACAGCCUCCUCUGUCAGCCUGUAGAUUACAGCACCAACCCGCUGGCACUGAGGAUGGCCAGAGCCUGCUGGUGGUUCUUCUUCUCUAAGGUCAUAGAGCUCAGUGACACUAUCUUCUUCAUCCUGAGGAAGAAGGACAGCCAGCUGACGGUCCUCCACAUUUUCCACCACGGCCCCCUGAUGUUCAACUGGUGGGCAGGAAUCAAGUAUGUGCCCGGCGGACAGUCGUUCUUCAUCGGCCUGAUCAACUCCUUUAUUCACACUGUUAUGUAUUCUUACUACGGCCUGGCUGCGCUCGGCCCUCACAUGCAGAAGUACCUGUGGUGGAAGAGAUACCUCACCUCUCUGCAGCUGGUGCAGCUUAUGCUCUUCCUCCUGCACUCAGGCUACAACCUUUUCGCAGACUGCGACUUCCCUGACUCCAUGAACCUGUUGGUGUUUACCUACUGCAUCACCCUCUUUGUCCUAUUCGGUAACUUCUACUAUCAGAGCUACCUCAGGAAGAAGAAGCAGAAAUAAGAUGCAGCGGUGAGGUACUACACAUAAUCACACUGAGGCUUUGAGCGUUUUUUUUCUGCUGUGUGCAGUACUCACUAGUGUCCACUAGAGGGAACAACAUGCCCAUAGUAUGAAUGUUUUCUUAUAGUGCUCAUAAUCGAAUGUCAGACUGAAACACUUAAUUUUACAGGCCUGUAUAAGUAAUGUGAACAAUUUAAGUUCUCUCUGCAUUUUUUUUAGUACCAUAUAUUAAGUUCAGACACAUUGCAAAAAAAGAGACAUGAUCAUUCAAUUUAUUUUUUAAAUUGAGAAAUGACAAACAUUCAAAUGAUUGCUGUAAACAAACUGUACAUUUUUUACAUAUAAUAACGUAGGUUUGUUUUUCUGCAUUAUUGCAGAAUUAAUGAGUCCAAACCCUCCUUCCGAGAUAAAUCCAAAAAGAAAAAACACUUAACGUAAUAUGGAAAUGCAAACAUUAUAUUCCCCAUUGCUAAAACAACACGGCAAAUUGAUAUAUUCUUUUCUACACUUCAGUCUAAAACAGAUUGAAAGAUGUAGAUUAGAGAGAAAACACAUGUCGAGGAGGGAGGGAGCGGACAUUUCCAUUCAGGACUGUUGGGUUUGAAAUGUAUAUGUUAAAGGGAUAGUUUGGAUCUUUCAGAAGUGGGGUUGUAUUUUCUUGUUUGGAAAAGCAGGCAAAGGUAUUGCCAAGGAAGCUAGGUGACGCACUGCUUUGGAGGGAGGUGGGGCAGCAGCAUUUUGUCCAGGGUUACGCCACAUUUAGAAGAUUUUCACUGUGGACUGGGGCUGCCCACUAGCUCACUCGGUAGAGCAGGUGCCCCUGGUGCAGAACUGACACAACAGCCAUGGGUUCAAUACCGACCCAUGGCUGUGGGUCUUUACAGACAGCCCUCCCUGAGAGGGAACUAAAGCUUUUAUGUUUGCUGUCUUUAAAGCUACCAGACUUUUUUUACCUAGCAAAACACCAGAGUUGCUCAUCUACCUUUGCCUCAAUGUGUUAGUUUGUUUGUUAGUGUGAGACUUCUGUGAGGCUGAACAAGCCAUUAAAAUGGCAAAGUCACACAACAACACAAACAAACUAAGCGAUCGAGGCAGCGGCAGACCAGCAGCUCCUGUGCUUUGUCAGGUAAAAUCACUGUUUUUGUCAAAGGAGUCUGGUAGCUGUAAAAAUAACAUGUUAAGUUCCCCGUCAGAAAGGGCUGUCUGGCUGCAAAGGUGAAUUAAAGAAAAUAUUUUAAAUCUAGCAUACACCUAAACUGACUGAUAUUUUUAGGUGGCUAAAAUGUGUUUAGCUGCUGGCCUCGUGCAAAGCAGUACAGUGCUCCCCCCCACUAAAAAAAAAUCCAAACUAUCCCUUUACACUGAACAAAUGUAACGUGUACAUGAUGAGUUUACGACCAAUAACUGUAAUUCUGAGUCUAAGAAAUAAAGCUUGUGGAUCUUUGAA